UUGUGAUGGAUGUGGAGGUGAAAGAGAGGAGAUGCAGGAUGAAGAGAAAGAAAGUGGAAAGACUUAUACAGCCUAGUCAUGGCAUGUCAUGUUAAAUAAAUAGUCGAUAUUAUAAAUUGGCGGAUGGAAUGAUUGGAAAGUGGAAACUUGUUUGUUUGGUGGGACAAUACAAAUAAACAUGGAAAACAAUUGCUCCGACGCACCCAAACGCCGUCAAUCUCAAACACCUUCCCCAAUCGACCCUUUCCAAAUCAUUAAGACCAGGGGCAAUCUGGGAAUGAAGCUGGUAGAUUCUGGUAAAAAGAUUGUUAAAAACCCCUCUCUGGGAAACAUUGACGUUGAAGGCGCAUCUUCAACUUUAUCUAAUACAGAGAGCCAGUCUUGUGGCGGCACAACCUUUCCAACUCAGACAGAACUAGGUGCAAGGAAAGGAACUGCUAGGUCUAAUUUGUACGAGAUCUGUGCUGCCAACCAUUGGAAGCCUCCGAUAUUUGAAUGUUGCAAAGAGGAAGGCCCAAGUCAUAAGAGAAUGUUCACCUUCAAGGUUAUCAUUGAAAUAGAAGCAUCAAGAAACAUUAUAGAGUGCUAUGGUGCACCUCAUCGAAGAAAGAAAGAAGCAGCAGAACACGCAGCUGAGGGAGCAUUAUUGUACCUAAAAGUAUACAGGGCAUGUUUUGAAAAACCAACAAAUAAAUAGUACAUUACUGUUGGAUAUCAUAAACUGCAGAGACUUCCUCUGCCACCAAAUUCAUUUCAUUCUUCAGUGAUACUCUCUAGACUCGGUUGCCAAUGCUCAGAAGACCAAAUUACUUUCUUAGGAGAGUUUCUUGAUCCAUUCCCAGUCAAAUCUUGUGUCCUCUUCCUGGUUAUUGUAUUGCCAUCACAAAGGAGAAGGAGAGCGCCUUGGAGAAAGCCUUUGAAGCUUUCGUAUGGUGCUCUUUGGUACUACAUAGUACUUUUGUCCAAGCGCGAGCACGCCGUCUGGUUCAAUAACUGCCCAUGGUUGCUUGAACACAUAUGGAUAUGCAACGUAGCACCUUGGAUAGCGGCACAUGAUCUCGGCUGCAGUCACUGGUCUAUCAUGGAGUUCAACGUGACCACCAGCGUGGACAAUCUGCAGAAGCAUGGUCUUUGAAUUUUUAACACAAAUCCAUCUUGAUAAUGGCAUGGUUUCCCUUAGUCUUGGGAGUGUAGGGUGGGGUGAGGGAGGUAGAAAUGAGAGCAAGCUGUUCUAAGCUCAUUGGGGAGAGUAUAUAAGUUGUUCAUCAAGGUCCAAAUGAAAAUAAGUAAAUAACAUCAAGACACGCAGUUUACCUAGACA